UACCAAAAUGUGUCUCAGCAUGAGUUGUUUUCAUAGGAAGGAUUGUGGUUUUCUGCAGAUUGCCCUGCUGAUGCACAAAAGAAAUGACAAACUAACAUCCUGCAGCAAACUCCCAGAAAGAACCCUAGAUUAACCUGCAUCACUAAAACCAACACCUUCAAAUACAAAUAUAAUAGUUUAGUACAGAAUUACGCUCCAAUAUAAUUACAUUUUGGAUCAAUCAUUUAGAGAGUCACAGGGAGAGAUUAAAUUAUUUAUUUACAUUUUUCUCAAGCGAGUCUGAAUUUAUCAGGUUUAUAAACUCGCAAUCAUGGCAGAUAGCUGUAACAGCAGCACUCAAACAACAGUUUUUGGUAUUUUCUGCGGGUCUUUUGAGCUGUGGAUCCUACUGUCAGUUGUCAGCACAAUGUUGGUCUUUUCAGUGUGCUGGAAUAUUCUUUGCUGUAUCGCAACACAUUGUACAGAUAAAGGAAAUACAUUUCUGCCCCGCUUCAGAAGGAGUCUUAGUCUGAGACUGAGGGACAUGGAGGACAACCCUAUCUAUGGGAACAUCAGCUACACCCAGACAAGAGUAGAACUUCCACUCAGUUCCUCAUCCGUCAGAGAUCGUCCGAUCAAAAGUGGUUCCCAGGUGCCCUCUAAAAGGCAGGACUGUUAUGCCAACCUGACUCUGAAGGCCCCAAAGAUGGUGUCUGGCCGCAGCUCCCCACAGCCCCAGAUUGAGUACUCUGACGUGGUGACACUACAGGGCCCACAGGAAGUGGAGAAGGUGACUGUGGCCAACAACAACGCUGACACGGUCUCUGUGCUUUCUGACCUCUAUGCCUCAGUGCAAACGGACCGCACCAAAACUCUGGACACAGAGGCUGGCAAUGACGGCUAUGCCAACCAUGUCUAAGAGACAAAACGUUGGUGAUACGCUUUCCAAUCUGUUAUUGAAUUUGUGUUUUUAUUUGGCAAGAUUUGGAGGCAAUGAUGUUGGUUGUCUAGCCGCAGUUUCACUUCAUAACCACUGAGUGUCGCAAUUUGUUAGUUUUUGAAAAAUAUAUCCCCUUGCUCUUCUUAAUAUUUUAAUCUGCAGAGGGUGUGUGUGACAACUGUGUGGUUUAACUUCAGUAAUCAGUACAUGCAGCCAGACCUUAUUACAACUUGUUGAGGCCCAUAUUUACUUAUCUAAUUCCCCUGACACUUUGUCUGUAUUUGUGGCUCAACGAAGAAGCCAGUAGGAGGUAAGAGGCUACAUGCAAAGCACAGGAGGAUGGUGGCACCUUAAUUGGAGAAACCGGGCUCGUGGGAAUGACUGGAACGGUAUUUGUGGAAUGGUAUCAAACACAUAGUUUCCAGGUGUUUGAUGCCAUUCCAUUUGUUCCAUUCCGGACAUUUUUAUGAGCCGUCCUCCCCUCAGCAGCCUUGUGAUGCAAAAUAUUUGGGGGUGGAUUAUUUCCUCAAUUUCUUUCAAUUACACAUUUUCAGAUGCCUCAUAGGGUAGAGUGUCUACCUUCCGGGGAAUGUUAUUUACCGUUUUAUAAUCUCCAGAUCCUGCCUAACAGUAAGGUUGAACUGAACAUGAAAUGUAUGAAGAUAAAAUUGUGAAAAGGAAUCCAUUUCUAUAUUGUUGAGAUAUUCAUCCAUAUUGUUUGUCUAAAUUGCUAAUACCUCCUUUCGUAAUAAACAAAAAACUGAUCAUUUAUUUAA